ACAGCAUAACAUCCCAAGUCUGGAAAGCUGGAAGUUCCGAACCCAUCAGCAGCAUCAUUUCCCCUCCUCCUCCUCUUUCCCUCGCACCUCAAGCGUUUCUCGAGCGCGCACGCGUGCGAAGCUGCGUGGGAAUGGCUGUUUGUGUGACCGAGGGGGUUGGGCCGCUCGGAGCGAGCACUGAGCUGCAUGAGUUUGUAAUGUCCGCCAUGUUGGCCAUGGCGUAUUGAACCGGACAGGAACAGCGUAGCGCAGGAGCGAGAGAGACCGACAGACGGCGACUGAGACCCGGGCCUGCCCGGCUCUGUUCGCGCUGCUAACCGGACCUGAACGACUGCCCUCAGAACCGACUCUAAAAGAGACCGCGACAGAUUCCUCAAUGAGAACUCGAAGCAGACGUGCUGUUACUCCAGGCAGUUCCCAGAGAUUUAUGCUGCAUCUUUUAUUAUAAGAAAUGAGUAAACUGUCGUUUCGGGCGCGGGCGUUGGAUGCUUGUAAGCCCCUGCCCGUCUUCCGCUGCGAGGAUUUGCCCGACCUGCACGAAUAUGCCUCCAUCAACCGGGCGGUGCCGCAGAUGCCAACUGGGAUGGAAAAGGAGGAGGAAUCGGAGCACCAUCUCCAGAGAGCCAUCUCUGCGCAGCAGGUUUACGGAGAGAAGCGGGACAGCAUGGUCAUCCCUGUCCCCGAGGCGGAGCGCAACAUCCCGCACUACGAGCUGCUCUACCCCGGGGACUUCAAAAUGCCAAAGCAGCUUAUUCACAUACAGCCUUUCAGUUUGGAUACGGAGCUUCCGGACUACGACCUGGACACAGAGGAUGAGACGUUUGUGAAUAAGCUGAAGAAGAAAAUGGAAAUCACGCCGCUGCAGUUUGAGGAAAUGAUCGAUCGACUGGAGAAGGGCAGCGGACAGCAGCUCGUCAGUCUGCAAGAAGCAAAGCUGCUGCUGAAGGAGGACGACGAUCUGAUCAAGGAGGUGUUUGACUACUGGAGCCGCAAGAGGAAAACCUGCAAGAGCGGUUCGCUCAUCCCCACCGUCAAGCAGGAGAAGAGGGAUGGCUCCAGCACCAGCGACCCCUAUGUGGCCUUCCGCCGACGGACUGAAAAGAUGCAGACCAGGAAGAAUCGGAAGAACGACGAGGCGUCAUACGAGAAGAUGCUGAAGCUGCGCAGGGACCUGAGCCGCGCCGUCACCAUCCUGGAGAUGAUCAAGAAGAGGGAGAAGGUCAAGAGGGAGCUGCUGCACCUCACCCUGGAGGUGGUGGAGAAAAGGAAUGUGAUGCCUGACUUUGGUUCUGAGGUGAUGGCAGAAGCACAGCAGCGGGCGCUAGUGAAGCCCGUCUACACCAUCCCCAUCAUCCCCCUGUCCAACAGCAACCAGUACCGACACCAGGACCACCACAUGGACUUGAAGGACUAUAAGAAACCUGAGAAAGCAGAGGCAGUUCGAACCAAAAGGAAAUAUGAGAAGAAACCCAAAAUGGCUCCGAUGUUGGCGCCUCAACAUUCAGGGCCCUCUGUGUUCAAUCCUAAGGACCUCAACCAGUAUGAUUUCCCCAGCUCAGACGAAGAGCCGUUCUCACAGAUCCAUUCAGGUUCCUCGGAGGCAGAGGAGGAGAAUGACCCAGAUGGCUGCUACGCAUUCAGGAGAAAGGCUGGCUGUCAGUAUUACGCUUGUCGUCCAGAUAAGACUGGCAACUGGCCCUGGGUCAGCCCGUCAGAGGGUGGGCUCGGUGACCCGCGCUACCGCUACUGUCUAACCUCCCUCAAUACGCCGUGGCGCUGCAUCGGUUUGGCACGGCGCCGCGUGGGCAGAGGGGGCAGGGUUCUGAUGGACCGAGCUCACACCAACCUGGGCGUCCUCCAGAGCGCCGACUCCGACCCGGAGCCCGAACCGCUUGCCUCGCCGCUUCGCAGCUCCAACACCAGUACCUCAGAAACCAAUACCUCGGACCCCGCUGGGUCCCGCCCCUCGUCAGCGACGCCUGUGGACCUCAGCCGGAUUCUUUUGAACAUUAAGGCGUGCCGCUGGAGGCACUUCAGACCACGGACGCUAUUCCAGCACCCCGCCGGGGGAGCGGAUAUUUCCCGCAGUGGAUUUAGGGAUUUUGGCCGAACUGUGUCAGGAUUAACUCGGACUCUGUCUGGAGGCUCCGGAGCCCAGAACCGCACCGGACCCGCCACCACUCCUGUUAAUGCGUUCACCGCCGAGCAGUACCAGAAGCACCAGGAGCAGCUGGCUCUGAUGCAGAAGCAGCAGCUCGAGCAGAGCCAGCAGCAGAAGCAGCAGCAGCAACAACAACAACAACAACAACCGGUCAACAAUCCGACAACCACCACCACAAACACACAGACCCUUGUGUCGAAAACGCUGGACCAGGCCAGCGCCCAGUUUGCGGCCUCGGCCCUCAUCACCACAGAUCAGCUGCUCGGCUUCAAACCCAAAGAGGAGUUGGUGCUGGCGACCGGAGUCAACGGGGUUCUGACCGGUUCUGGCGUUUACAAAAACCUGCACCUCAGCAGCGCCGCCUCCACUCUCCACACCACCAACCAGUCGACACACACUACCACGGUCGCCCCCCAGACCUUCCUGCAGCCCUCCAUCAACGCCGCCGUCCCUGCAACUGCCACCGUCGUCCCCGCCUCCAUCAACGCCACCCCCAGCACCCAUACAGCCGCCACCGCAGCGGCUCUGGGGCUGCUGGGAUGCGGCGCCGCCGGGGCCGUCCCCACAACCACUCAGGUCCUCAUCGGGAACAACAUCUGUCUGAGCGUGCAGUCGGCCGCCAGCCUGGCGGGACGCCACAUCCCCCGGACUCUCGGCAACGUGCCAGCCUCUGCCUUAAAGUUGUCCACCUCCACCAACCUGCAGAUGCCCAAAGUCUCAGGAGCGUCGUCCAUGGACAUGAGCUCCAGGGACAACCACGACGAGGACAAGCCGGCGCUGAACAGUAUAGCAGACAACACAGUGGCCAUGGAGGUGACGUAGUGUCGGCGCGGCGUUGGCGGCGGCGGCUCCACUCUGUAGGUGCUGUGCAUCGUAGCAUCGGGGGGCGCUAAAGGGACGGCAGGACUGGAAGCGGGCGGAGCGCCGACUCAUCUCUUUUUACAUCCUUUUUUCUUUUUUCUUUCUUUUUUUUGUUUUUGUUACCGUCAAAAAAAUAUUGACUCAUGUAAACUAUAAAUAUGACAUAAAUUAGUAUCUGUACAGCAACUACAUAUUUGUAAUAACCCCCCUCCCUCUUCACGUGUAUAUAUACUACUUGAAUACAGAACUGUCCAUUUGUGAUGUUUUGCACUUGGGAGUCAAACUUUAAAGGAAAAAAAAAAAAAGAAUAAGCCAAGUUGACUUGUGGCGAGUGUGAGAGGAGAUGUACAGAGAAGAGUUUUAUCACGUGCAUGGUGCGGAGCCUGCUGGUUUUAUCUAUUUAUUGUGCUGUGUUUACAAUUUGUUUUGUUUUUGUUUGUUGCUUUCAGUUUAUUUUUUUUUAUUUGUACACUGUACCUUUGUUGGUUCCUGUGCUGUUGUGUAUGUUUGAUAGCUACGGACUCCUGGGUAUUUUUGUAUUUUGUGAACACAAAGCAGGUCCCCCACCCCACCACCACCCUCAUAUCAUUUAUUUUUUUGCUUCGUUUUUUUCCCCCUUGGAUCACAUUAAAGUGAGCUGUGAUGCAGAUGAGGAGGAGGAGGAGCAACUCUUCCUCUUCAUUUAAUGUCCCAAACACAAGUAACAAAACAGGGAUGAAGUCUCUUCCCAGAAGCUUCUGCUUCUAAUUUAAGCACUAUUGUUUUGUGACUUUUUGUUGUUUUAUAUAAAUAUCAAUGCUGCUUUUGUAUUUUUUUUUUGAAGGAGUCAUCUGUCAUUUUCAUGCAAGUGGAGUCUCCUUUAAUUGUUUUAUCUGACUUUAUUUUUCUUUUCUUUUUUUUUUUACAAAACAAACAAAAAAAGCUAUUUUUGUAUUUUGUUUUUCUCCUUGUGGUUAAAUUGAUUGUAAGCUUUUUUUUUUAAGACUUCAUUCUUUAGUUCAUUUGUUACUUGUUCAUGCAUAGGUGAUAAGGGAGGUGAACGGGCAGUAAUCGCUGUUUCAUCAUUCCAGUUUUUAAUAUCGAAAAGAGAAAAAAAAUAAUCCCAAUGAGGGGUGUUUGUGAGAAUUUCUUUUCUCACUUCCUAUUUUCUUUCUAUUUUUUUCUUCUUUUUAUUUCUUCUUGGUGAAACGAAUCUCCAGAUGGCUGCGAGGCCAAAACCACAAGUAUUUGGUGCCUUCCUUUUGGGGAAAAUGUAUGUCGUCUCUUCCGUGAAGAGUUAGAGGCACAAAGGCAGCAUUACUUAGUAGUGCUUCUUGUCUUUGUCAGAACCUGAAUGCCCAGUCCAAUGGCAAAAUAUAUCUUUGAGGUUUACUUGUCCCACCUGGAGGCUGAAAAGACUUAAAAAAUGUGACAGAACUCUCACUAAAAUAAGAAAAUAAAGCCCAGGGCAUUAAAUGUGAA